AUGCAGCCACUCCUGCUCCUGCUCCUGCUGGCUUUUUGCCUGCCUUCCGGGGCCAAGGCAGGAGAGAUCAUCGGGGGACAUGAGGCCAAGCCCCACUCCCGGCCCUAUAUGGCGUAUCUUAAGGUCGAGAAUAAGAAUGAGGUUUGGUGUGGUGGGUUCCUGAUACACAAGAAGUUCGUGCUGACCGCCGCUCACUGCCACAGAAGCUCCAUCAGUGUCAUCCUGGGGGCCCACAACAUCAAGAAACAGGAGAUGACCCAGCAGGACAUUCCGGUGAGAAAAGCCAUCCCCCACCCAGACUAUAAUCCGAAGAACUACUCUAACGACAUCAUGUUACUGAAGCUGGAGAGAGAGGCCAAGCAGACUGCAGCGGUGAGGCCCCUCCGCCUGCCCACCGGCAAGACCCGGGUGCGGCCAGGACAGGUGUGCAGUGUGGCCGGCUGGGGGCGGGUCAACGCCAAGAUACGCACGUUCCCAGACACUCUGCAAGUAGUGAGGCUGGCAGUGCAGGAGGAUGGGAAGUGCAAAUUCCUCUUUCCCCAUCAUUACGACCACACCAUUCAGCUGUGCGUGGGGGACCCAAUGGAAGAAAAGUCUUCCUUUCAGGGAGACUCUGGGGGCCCUCUCGUGUGUAACAGUGUGGCCCAAGGCAUUGUCUCCUUUGGACACAAAAAUGGGACACCUCCACGGGUCUAUACCAAAAUCUCAACUUUCCUGCCCUGGAUAAAGAAAACCAUGAAAAGCCUCUAG